AUGAAGCAGGAACUGGUUCUGAUUCGAAGUAGCAAUGAUCUAGAUGCAGUAACGGCUAUCGAUGAGACUGAAAAACCUAAAAUUAACAUUGAAAAAAUCUAUUGGAGAGUACCUCACGUUUCCGUAGGAAUCCCCCAACAACUGGCCCUGACUAAAAUUUUAGAUAAAAAUGUGGAGAUAUUGGUUCCAUUUAGAAGUUGGGAACUUGUAGAGUACCCUUCCCUUUCACAAACUACAAGACACACUUGGCCCGUGAAAACCACCACCAAGUUGGAGACGCCUCGUCAUAUUGUUGUCGCCUUUCAGACAGAUAAGAAAAAUAAGGUCACCUCAAAUAUGAGCAAAUUUGAGGACUGUGGUCUUACAAAUAUAAGAGUAUUUUUAAAUUCGGAAAGAUAUCCAUACCACGACCUAUUCCUUGACUUUAACAACAACAAAUUCGCCACAUUAUACGAAAUGUUUGCCCACUUCCGAAAAUCGUUUUAUGAAUUUGAAAACGAGCCCAUAUUUACUCCAAAAGAAUUUAAAUCCAUUGCUCNAUAUUACAUCUCUAAGAAAGGUCAUCAGCGACCACUUGACUAA